UUCUGCUUCAAGUUUAGCUCAAAUAAUUUUCUCCACUUCACCACCACCAUGGGCUCAGAAACUUUGAUUGAAGUGAUAUUGGCAAUACUCCUUCCUCCAGUGGGUGUCUUCCUACGCUAUGGUUGUGCGGUGGAGUUCUGGAUAUGUUUGGUUCUGACAAUCCUAGGAUACAUACCUGGAAUAAUAUAUGCACUCUAUGUUCUUGUGGGGUAGUUGAUAUGAGCUUUGUUGUCUAAACAAACAAGACAGUAUAAAACAAUGUAAAAUGUUAUGUUUUCAUAUCAUGAUUAACUGGUACUGUUUCAUCUGUUUUCCUUUUAACUUGUUAUUAUUUGUCUUCAUUAUUUUCCUCUUGUCUGAUAAUGAAGGAAAAAGUGAAUAAUAAACCCAUGUUCCAGAGUUUGGAUCAUU